UUUUGCAGACCAGCUGAGCACUGACAUGCCCCACGAUGUCUACGAAGGAGACGAGGUGGUGGUGCGGUGCUCUGGGGUAAGCAGCGGCAUGAUAGGGGAAGUGAUGUACUACAAGGAUGAGUCUCUGCUGGCCACUCACUACCACGCCUCAGGCUACACCAUCCCAAAGGCAAGCCCCAGUGAUAGCGGCUCCUAUUCCUGUGAGGUCCACCAGCUGGUCUUCUACAGAUUUACGACAGAGAGAACGAGAGCUGUUUCCGGCUCCCACGCUGACCAUCAGGCCCUCGCAGCCCACCAAGGGGAGCUCAGUGACCCUGUUCCAUGACACCCAGCUUCCCAGGGACAGGUCAGGGACACAGCUUUGCUACUCCUUUUUCAGGGAUGACCACACCCUGAGAUCGGAUGGAAACUCAUCAGAGUUUCAGA